AUGUCGGAAGGGAUGAAACUGAUCUCAGCCUCUUCUCUCCCAGACACAGGAGAUGAAACGAUCAGCCAAAAUCCAUGGGAACGAAGCCCACACGAGUUGCCCACCGACAGCAGCGACAAACCGCCAGUGAACGAGGAAGCAAGCACAGCACCCUCAAUCACCAACCAACCAGAACUACUCGCUAGGCUCAGCCUCAAGACCAACGAGUAA